CCGCUAUGCUGAUUGGACUGUUUCUCACACGUGACCCGGAGACAGCGGAAGAAGAGGACUCAGUCGCAGUGAGAAGGGUAAGGAAAUAAACAAAAUAAAAACGAUCCCGUUUAAACGACAAAGAACUGAACAGCGGUUUAUUUUUCGGCAUCGUAUUGUAACUCGGUGUGUUAGCUAUCAAUUCUGGUAAUGUGGGGCAGUUUAAAUGUCUGUCUCAUUCGUAUUUUGUAGGUUUAAAGGACCGUGUUUAGAAACAGUCAUCGUUCAUGUCCGCAGAAAGUGAAAAUAAAAAAGAGGAACUGAGCCGUUGCGAGACAAAAUCGAACAACCGAGACUCAUUAAUUAACCUACUCUAUUGUGAUUUAGUUGUCGUAACAUUGGUUAUUAGCGCUUUUAGAUAUUAAAGCCGCACAGAUGUUUAUAUUUAUAUGAUUUUUAUGAUUUAUUUUUUAUGAAGGCGGUUUGUUCUAAAGAAGUAAAAGCGCCAGUGUUGUUAAAUAAUGAUGUUAGAUCAGCUGUUCCACCUUCACAGACCUUAAUAACAGCAGGUUUUUGUUGCUGGAGGCCUGAAACGGGAAUUUCCCACAGACCGACAUACCGCAACGUAACCAGUGCGUCGUGACGUCAAGUAUAUAGGGCAGCCAGAACGUGAACUAGAUUUAAUUUUCUUUUUUUAUUAUUUGUUAUUUUUUAUUAUCGUUUUUAUUUUUUAAAGAUUUAAUUUUCUUUCUUUCUUUCUUUCUUUAUUUUAUUUUUUUAUUUUAUUUUAUUUAUUUAUUUUUGUUGUUGUUAUUGUUUUUUAAAGAUUUAAUCUCUUCGUGGUGAAAUAAAAUAAGCAAAUCUAUCUUUUUAAUCUUUUAUCUGUCAUCUCUUAACUUAUUUCAGCUUUACUGUCAUUUUAGCUUCUUUUAUUUGUACUUUUUUAGGCCUUUUAUCAUUUUUUCUUUCGCUCAUUUCUGUUGCUUUAUUUUAUAAUUACUAUAACUAUCCUAUUAUCAGUUUUACCUGUCAUUAUUUUAUUAUUAUAAUUGUUGAUAUUGCCUUUUAUAUUUACUGUCCCGUUUCCCCUUGGACCCCCCUUUUAAUUGCAUUUUCCUUUUCUCUUACAUAUUUUAUGUUUUUAUUUUGGUCCUCAUGGUCUCAUUUUAUGUUAUGUCUAGGUUCCUUAUGACAUGAAAAUGGCCUUUAAUUGCGUUCUGACUGAGCUUUUUGUUUUUAUCUAUGACUAUAUGUCAAAGCACUUUGUAAACUUCUAUUUUUACAUACAAAAGAACGUGAGGAAAAUUUUUGCCAGUACUUCUAAUUCAUAUUGAAAAAAAUAUGAAAAUAUGUCAGUAACUCAGACCAGUUAAGAGGGAAUGUAUAAUUUUAUGGGCUUUGUAUUGGCAGAUAAGAGUUUCUAAAAUUGUUAUGAUAUCAGCAGGUGAGAUGACGCGGCACUAAGCCGCACGCAUGAGACAGCUCAUGAUAUAUCUGCAUAUAAAUUCUGAUCUAAGUAUAUUGAUAUCAGGGCAGGGACAUGGUUUAUUGAGCGUAUUGAUCACUCUUUGUGUUACUGAUGAGUUUCUGUUACCGUGUGUUCAGGUCCAGUCUCAGCUGCCAGGAUGCAGAGCACUACGAAUUACCUGUGGCUGAUCUCAGACCUGCUGGGUCAGGGAGCCACAGCCAAUGUUUACCGCGGCAGACACAAGGUAGGAAACACACCCGAUGUACCUGAGCAGCUGCAAGAGGGGGCGGAGUCAGCCAUGCACCAGAUUGAUUUUAGGAAUUAAAAUUUAAUACAGAAAGAUACUCGAUCCUAAUGAAGGAUGUCCCCAUUUUUCAGCUUUUACACUGACUGGAAAAGCCCCCAAAAUUAGGACUCGUGUCAUGUUGUAGAGUUCAUUCACUUUCUUGAAAUCUUUUGGAGUUCCAGAAAGUUUUUCAUCAGUUUUAAAUGUGCUGACUGCCUCUCGAGCAAAGAGGAAGGCACUAAUGAAGGAACUGUUAAAAAUACAGCUGCUGCUGGUUGGAACUGGUUCUCAUCUGGAACCAGUUUUCAGUUCCCAUCUCUAGUUCAGAGUGUGUCCCCCUUUGUUUUGCUUUGUUGUGAGCUCUGUCUCGGAUCACAGUCAAACCAUUUACUCUUGCCCUGUCCUUACAUCAGCCCACGUGUUGAGGACUAAAGGUGUCAGAGUAAUCUGGACACUGAGGACUGAUUCUGUUCCAGACACAUGGAGAACAGACUGACGACGGCAGAGCAGCUUUUCUAUUUGGAUCUCAAACUCAGACUCAUCUCAAUGAGUUUCAGAUGUCACAGUUUGUGUUUAUAUCUGAUCUGGAAAUCCUGAGGGCUGAAAACUGUAAAGAGGGGGAUUUCCUUCAAACUUAAGACCUCAAUCUUUAAAGACAGAGGAUGCGUCUGAACCUGAUCCUCUGUUUGAGUCUCAGACCCGAUCUGUCAUUAAAUGUCGACGCCUCAGGUCUGUCAGGUCAAGUCAGGUUUAAUAACAGGUCUGCUUCAUCUAUAAGAGAGUUAAAAAUAGUUUUAAAAGGUUUUACAUCCUAAAAAUAGUUACUAAAACUUAAUAUUUCUGAUGUUAAGUCAGACGGUUUUAAAAUAAUUGAAUAUCUGAAGGUUCAGAUGACAAAUUUAAGUCUAGCUGAAUGUUUUUUUGUGUGUUUCAGAAAACUGGGGACCUGUACGCCGUCAAAGUGUUUAACAACUUGAGUUUUUUGAGGCCGCUGGACGUCCAGAUGAGAGAGUUCGAAGUUCUGAAGAAACUGAACCACAAAAACAUCGUCAAACUCUUUGCCGUGGAGGAAGAGGUAAUAAAAUCGUGUUAGACAUGCAUGUAAAAUGUUGCACAUAUUUUAAUGUCUGAGCAGUUUUUUGCUGCUCUCCGUUUUGGUAGUUUGUGGUCUUCAAUCCUCUCAGUUCAGCUGGUUUUACUGUCUGUCCCUCUUUAGUCAAACACGCGUCACAAAGUCUUAGUGAUGGAGUACUGUCCCUGUGGGAGUCUCUACACCGUGUUGGAGGAGUCGUCCAACGCCUACGGACUUCCUGAAGACGAGUUUCUCAUCGUGCUUCACGAUGUCGGUAAGAAAACACCUGAAAAAAAAACAAAGAAGAUGAAUACAGCUCAGAGGAAUCAGUCAGAUCUUUACAACGUCUCUGAAACUCUUACCUGAGGUGUUCUGUGAUUGCUUGUUGCGUCCUCAGUGGCAGGUAUGAACCACCUGAGGGAGUACGGGAUCGUCCACCGGGACAUCAAACCGGGGAACAUCAUGAGAGUGAUCGGAGAGGACGGACGUUCCGUCUACAAACUGACCGACUUUGGAGCCGCCAGAGAGCUGGAGGAUGACGAGCAGUUUGUGUCUCUGUACGGCACCGAGGAAUACCUGGUGAGGAAAAAGAGGAGAAGGUCUAAAAGUCUCAGGAAUCCGUUUCACAAAGGUUCCUUCACCCUUGUCUUCUUGCGUUUCCGUGCAGCACCCCGACAUGUAUGAACGAGCCGUGCUGAGGAAAGACCACCAGAAGAAAUACGGCGCCACGGUGGAUCUGUGGAGCAUCGGAGUCACGUUUUAUCACGCCGCCACCGGCAGCCUCCCGUUCAGGCCGUUUGAGGGUCCGCGCAGGAACAAAGAAGUCAUGUAAGAGAUGAAAACAUGAAAAUUAAUCUCUGAGGAGGAGAAACAUGAAACUGAGUGAACAUUUUUUUUGUUUCAGGUAUAAAAUCAUCACAGAGAAACCAUCAGGAACAAUCUCCGGUCAUCAGAAGUGUGAGAACGGGAAGAUCGAGUGGAGCACGGAGAUGCCCGUGUCCUGCAGUCUUUCCAAGUAAGAACACACUCUGAGAAAACGUGUGAGUGUGUGUUGGUGUGUGUGACUGCUUGGUUUCUGGUUUCACACGCUCCUGGUCUGACGUUUCAGGGGUCUUCAGAGCCUCCUGACUCCGGUCCUGGCCAACAUCCUGGAAGCAGAUCAGGAGAAGUGUUGGGGUUUCGAUCAGUUCUUCGCCGAGACGAACGACAUCCUCCACCGAACAGUCGUCUACGUGUUUAGUCUGCAGCAGGCCACGCUACACCACGUCUACAUCCACGAAUACAACACGUAAGACUGAACCACUGAUAUCAGAGUAUAGAUGUUGAAACUGAAAACAUCUGCUACCAAAAGAAGGAAAAAGGAGAUUCUGAAAUAGACUGAGGUGGUCCAAGAUCAGGUUUCUCUUCUUCUAGUGUGUCUGAAAGUCAGUCCUCUGUGUUUCCACAGGGCGGCGCUGUUCCAUGAGCUGUUAGCCCGCAGGUCUAGCAUCCCGCUGCACAACCAGGAGCUGCUGUACGAGGGCCGCCGCCUCGUCCUCGACCCCAACCGACAAGCGAAGACCUUCCCCAAGACGUCCAGAGACAAUCCCAUCAUGCUUGUGAGCCGCGAGUCGGUCGCCACCGUGGGACUGAUCUUUGAAGAUCGUACGUCACUUUAGAAAUUUCUUCAGUUACGCCAAGUUAGAAUUUAUUUAUUCUGUGUUAACUCUGAGCAGGUUUUACUUAAGAGAUUAGUUUUUGUUUUCGCACAGAUUUAUUACCUGCUCCGUUUAUCUAAAAAACUGUCCUAAGCUCCUAAAAAUCAGUUUGAUCUGUGUUCCUGAACUUUACACAGUGAAGUGUUUUAACUCUGUGUUUUUAUCUCUGCAGCCAGUCCUCCUAAAGUCCAACCUCGCUACGAUCUGGACCUGGACGCCAGCUACGCAAAGGUACAAAUGAAACCCCUCACAUCCUCUCAUCUUAUGGGUUCGUCUAAAUUAGCUGCUGUAAGCGAACCAUCGACCUCGAGAAGAGUUCAUCACAGUGACUGCCCGGCUUGUUGACCUGCUGUCUCUCCUCUUCUUGUUGUGUUUGUGUCUCAGACUUUUGCAGGAGAUGUCGGUCAUCUGUGGAAAACCUCCGAGUCUCUGCUGGUUUAUCAGGAGCUGGUGCGGAAAGGAGUGAGAGGUUUGAUGUAAGAUCACAUCAGAGUGUGUUUGACCUGGUUUUACUCCAAUGUUCACAUCAUUUGGACCCUUUUGCAUUUAGCUCACUUCCUCUGUGCUUCCAUAAACUCAGAACCUGUUAGGAUAUUACCCUGAUUUUCCUGUAGUAAAAAAAAAAACAUCCUCAAAUGUGAACAUUUUCUCUUUUCUGUCUGUUUUCCUGCAGCGAGCUGAUGAAGGAGGACUACAGCGAGAUCCUGCAUAAGAAGUCUGAGGUUUUCCACCUCUGUAACUUCUGCACACAGAUACUGGAGAAGACGGAGCAGCUGUGAGACAUUCAAACUCAUUAAACAACAGGUUAAUAUUCAUUAUUUAACUGAAGUUUAUUCACAGUUUAACCUCACUGCUGUCUGUCUGUCUGCAGGUUCGAGGUGUUGAUGCAGGCCAACAUGAUGUCCUCAGAGUACGAUGAGAUCUCAGACAUGCACAAGAAAAUCCUCAGAGUGAGCGCUCGUUCGCUAUUAUUCUUCAAAUGCAGAUUUUGUCUUUGCAUGUUUUGUGUCAGAAACUUUAUCAAUAAUGUGAUGUCGAGUUUAUUUGGACGCAGUGUGAAGCAUCAACAUGAUACAAGUUUAUGUUUAUAUCUGUGCAGAUCUCCAGCUCCCUGGAGCCCAUCGAGCGGACGGCUCAGGACAUCAAGAGUAAAUUCCUCCCAGGAGGUUUGCUCACCGACGGCUGGACACAACAAGUGGGGACGCACCCCGAGGACAGGAAGUAAGGCUGGAUAAGUUCAUGUAUACCAGCGCAUCUUAUAGAACACCACGAAGUUCUUCUGUUAUAUAAUAACAAUGACAUUUGGAAAGGGACGUGUGAAAAGACAGAAGGAAGCUAAAAAGUGGGAAUUAGAGGAUAAAAUAAAAAAAUUAUAAUACAGUCAUAAGCAGUCUUCAUCACCUAAGGAUUUAAAACAUCUAAAUGCAGCACGUAGAGGACUUAAUGGUCUACUGUCGGAUAAAAUUGAGGGAAAUUUAAGAUUUACCAACCAGAAAAGGGACUUGUGAUGAAAUAUUUGAAUGUUUUGGAGCUGCAGGUCUAAAAUAUCUUCAGUUUUCACUUUUUUUAAAAUAACUGUUGGAAAAUAAUUAACCCUGUUGUAAUAUUCUGUUCUUUGUAGGAUACAGUAGUCAUUUUAUGUGUUAUAUGUUUGGAGAGAUCACGAGACGUGUGAACUUUUCUCUGCAGCGUGGAGAAAAUCAAAGUCCUGCUGGACGCCAUCACGGCCAUCUACCAACAGUUCAAGAAGGACAAAGCAGAGAGACGUGAGUCCUCACACACUAAAAGUCACUUUUUAACGUUAUUUUUCUGUCACUUUAGACGAUGUUUGAAUAUUUUUGAGAGAGGAAGUUUCUCUCUGAGUUUAAUUUUACCGUCUAUGUUUAGGUCUGCCGUACAACGAAGAACAGAUCCAUAAAUUUGACAAGUAAGUUCUGUGACUCACAAAGCAUGUUAGAGUUAAACCUGUAACUGACUUGCAGAUAUUUCCCUCUCUGGAAAGGAAAAACUCUACCCCGGAAAGGUUUUGUGUUUUUCCUGAACUAGAUUUAAGUUUGCAGGAAAAAGAUUUAUGACUUUUUAAAUCAAUUAUCAGACGCCAUAAUCCAGUCCUGAUCAACAUCAACAUCAUUUAUCACCUGCAUAUUCUCCUCUAGUCUCCUCUUAGCUAAUGACAGAUGUUUAGAGGAUAAUGCAGCGAGACAUUAUCUUCAUUUCCCUAAAUUUAUCCUGAAGCAACAAUAUUUUUAUUUUCCUUUUUUACAGCCUGAAAACUUAAACUUUUUAAAAAGUAUUUAUUUUCUUCCUUUUGUCCAUUGAUUCCUGUCUGCUUUUAUUUUGAAAUCCUGACUCUCUUCCUGUGUGCGUUACCUCUCCGACAGACAGAAGUUGGUUCUUCACGCCAGCAAAGCGAGAUCUUUGUUCACCGAGGAGUGCGCCAUGAAGUAUCGCCUCUUCAUCUCCAAGAGCGAGGAGUGGAUGAGGUAAAGCCGCGCCACCGUCGGCUGCAGUUUCUCUGGCUCCGACAGGAAAGGGGCAGCAGCGGCGGCGUGUUGCUAAGCAACCAUGAGAGCAGGAAUAAAUAUACGUUUGUAUUUUUGUUUUCAGGAAAGUUCAUCAUGUGAGGAAGCAGCUGCUCAGCCUGUCGAGUCAGCUGAUCAGCAUCGAGAAGGAGGUGACCAUGCUGAUGGAGAGGGCCAUCAAGGUGAGCUCUGACAUCAUCAGGUCACAUGACAGCAGGAGAUAAACGUCAUGUGACCUGAGAGUUGAUAUGAACUGUGUGUGUGUUCAGCUGCAGGAGCUGCUGCCUCAGAAAGUCCUUCCUCUGGUGUCGAGCGGGAUGAAACCCCCGGCUUACCUGAGCCAGAACACUCUGGUGGAGAUGACACUCGGGUCAGUGUUUAUCUGCUCUUCAUCUUCAUCAUCAUCAUUAGACAAACCAAACAAAGCAGACCCCCCUCACUUACAGUAAACCUGUUAAAUAUGAUGUAUCUGUCGUGUUUCAGGAUGAAGAAGCUGAAGGAGGAGAUGGAGGGAGUCGUCAAAGAGUUGGCAGAGAACAACCACUUCUUAGAGAGGUCAGGCUGCUCACACACGUCUGUUUAGUUCGGCCUAAAGUCUGGGAGUUAAAGAGGAACUUGGCAGAGCUUCUUUGAUCAUUUUUGUUUCCCACGUUCAGCAUUUUGUUUGUCUUUCAGGUUUGGUACACUGACGCUGGACGGUGGCCUGCGAGGCUAAAAGACAUUGACUCCCCGCGACUCUUUGUAAAUACCUUCUGUGUUUAUCUUGUAAAUAAGUUUGACUGUGACAUGAAGCUUUUUGUAUGAGCGCCUCAGAUCUGCUCACGAACACGUGACAAACUCUGCAUCACAGACAGCUGCAGCUCGGACUUCAGUGAUUUUGAUUUAACCAGACGGACAGAGAGGGAACACGAACACUUAAAAUCGACUUAAAUUUACCUGAAAUUUACCAAAGGAAAGAGAAAGAGCUGACACCUUCAUCCCAGAAAAAUGACUCUCAAAGCCAAGGAGGAGAAAAACGGUUUAACUUUAAAAACCUUAAAAGUAGAUUUUCUUUGAGUUUCUUUAAAACUUAAGUAGAUUAGAGAAAUUUUAUGUUUUAUUUAUUUGAUUUUAAAGGAUUUUAACUCUUCAAAGACUCAAACUAUGAAGAAUUUCUAUUUCAAACACUAACAAAGUCUGAAGAUGUAAGUUAUUUUCAAUAAGCCCCCAAAAUUUAUCUUAAAAUCUGUUUUAAAGAGUUUAAAAAUGUAAAGUGACAAUUUCAGCAGCUUUAUUCUGUCCUGAAGGUGUUUGGCGUCUUUCCCCUGAUAAAUGAAGGUUAAAUUAAGUUUGUUUGGAGGUGUGAUAUCAUGGUUUUCAGACUGUGAUGAUUGUUUUUGAUGAUUGCGUGGACGGAAACGUGUCUGAGGGGGUGGAAGAAACACAAAACUGUACCAUCCUUAACCUUACGAUAAGAUUAGGAGUUAAAUCCUUUAACUGGUCUACAUAAUAUAAAACCUUUUACUUUAUUGAUCCUGGUUGAAGUAUUCAGGAGUAAGAUGUAUCUGUUCUGUUUAUGGUCCGUUUUUAAGGGUUUCAAACCUGAAUUUAAUCUGUGCCUGUAAUCCGCUGAAAAUCCUUCUGUGUAAUAAUGUCUUAUUUUAAAAUGAGUUGAAUUAUUAAAGGGUUUAUAGACGGAGUAUAAAAGUUAAAAUAUAAAGGAACUUAAGCUGAAAACAUUUGAUGUUUAUUUAUUCUUCUUUAAGGCUGAUCCAGUUAUUUCCUCUAUUAGCUCAUCAUCACACAGAAACUCCUCUUCCCUUUCACGUUCAAAUCAUCUUUAUCGUUUACUCUUUGUUUUUGUAAUGUUUGUUUUUGUCAAUAAUCACGAUUUAAAAUGUCGAAAAUGAAAGGCAACUUGUAAAUAAAGAUGAACAGAAAUGGUGGCA